CCCUUCUAUCACAAUGUUCAGAAACGCUCUGCGGCAAUCCAGCCGCGCCGUUGCGGCUGCCUCUGCCACUGGCCGGAUCGCUUCGGCUCGCGCUGCCGUCCCCGCCGUCGCCUCAAAGCAGAUCCGUAACUACGCUGCUGAGGCCAAGGCCUCGCCCACCGAGGUCUCUUCCCUCCUCGAGCAGAGAAUCCGUGGUGUCCAGGAGGAGGCCAACGUCGCUGAGACCGGUCGUGUCCUCUCGGUCGGUGAUGGUAUCGCCCGUGUUCACGGUAUGGCCAAUGUCCAGGCCGAAGAGCUGGUCGAGUUCGCCUCUGGCGUCAAGGGCAUGUGCAUGAACUUGGAAGCUGGCCAAGUUGGUGUUGUCCUGUUCGGUUCCGACCGUCUGGUCAAGGAGGGUGAGACCGUCAAGCGUACCGGUGAGAUUGUCGAAGUCCCCGUCGGCCCUGAGCUGCUCGGCCGUGUCGUCGACGCUCUCGGUAACCCCAUUGACGGCAAGGGUCCCGUCAACGCCAAGGCCAAGAGCCGUGCUCAGCUCAAGGCCCCUGGUAUCUUGCCCCGUCAGUCCGUCAACCAGCCCGUCCAGACUGGUCUCAAGUGUGUCGACUCCAUGGUGCCCAUUGGCCGUGGCCAGCGUGAGUUGAUCAUUGGUGACCGUCAGACCGGAAAGACUGCCGUCUCUCUCGACGCCAUGUUGAACCAGAAGCGUUGGAACGAGACUGGCGACGAGAAGCAGAAGCUCUACACCAUCUACGUCGCCGUUGGUCAGAAGCGUUCCACCGUCGCUCAGCUCGUCAAGACCCUUGAGGAGAACGACGCCAUGAAGUACUCCGUCAUCGUUGCUGCCACCGCCUCCGAGGCUGCUCCCCUGCAGUACAUUGCUCCUUUCACCGGUUGCGCCAUGGGUGAGUGGUUCCGUGACAACGGCCGUCACGCCGUUGUCACCUACGAUGACCUUUCCAAGCAGGCUGUCGCCUACCGUCAGAUGUCCCUGCUGCUCCGUCGUCCCCCUGGUCGUGAGGCCUACCCCGGUGACGUUUUCUACCUCCACUCCCGUCUCCUGGAGCGUUCCGCCAAGAUGAACGACAGCCUCGGUGGUGGCUCUCUCACUGCCCUUCCCAUCAUUGAGACCCAGGGUGGUGAUGUCUCUGCUUACAUUCCCACCAACGUCAUCUCCAUCACCGACGGUCAGAUUUUCUUGGAGUCCGAACUCUUCUACAAGGGUGUCCGCCCCGCCAUUAACGUCGGUCUCUCCGUCUCUCGUGUCGGUUCCGCUGCCCAGGUCAAGGCCAUGAAGCAGGUUGCCGGUUCCCUGAAGCUGUUCUUGGCUCAGUACCGUGAGGUUGCUGCUUUCGCCCAGUUCGGUUCCGACCUUGACGCUUCCACCCGCCAGACCCUUGCCCGUGGUGAGCGUCUGACUGAGCUGCUCAAGCAGAAGCAGUACUCCCCCAUGGCCGUUUCGGACAUGGUCCCCCUGAUCUUCGCUGGUGUCAACGGUCUCCUUGACUCCAUCCCUGUCGGCAAGAUCCUCGACUGGGAGGCCAACCUCCUCUCUACCAUCAAGACCAACCACCCUGAGAUCCCCCAGACCAUCGAAAAGGAGGGCCAGGUCAGCAAGGAGCUUGAGGCCAAGCUCAAGGAGGUCAUUGGCAACUUCAACAAGUCCUACCUCGCAUAGGUGAGCCAACACACAUCUCAGGUGCUAUAGUCCACCAUGUACCGUUCCAUUUUUUUCCUGACUCCAUGUGUGUAUAGAUGAGAUAGCUUGUACAAUUUCAGACCACUGUUUUUCCUUUUGUUUUCAAAGCUUCGGGUUGAUCCAGUUUCUAUUUUUGAAGUGAUGCAUGUCGAUCUAUCUGUAGCUAUGAUGACGGAUUAAAAGAGAAAUGGUGGGAUAACAGCAGAAAAAGCACUCUACGAAUAAUAUCCUGUACGUUUAGAAACUCUUUCAUUAUUUUUAUUGCACGACAAGGGAAACAUGGGCUGGACGAUAGAUUCGACAUAAGACCCAUUCUCUGGAAUAUGAUGGUUAUUACGGUCUAUUCGUCUACGGUCAUACACCUGUCGAUGUCGGUAUGCAGCUCGAACACGAUUUCUUUUGUUUAUGAUUAUUUCUGCGGU